AUGUCCGACCUAGUCCCCACUGGAAUGUCUGAGCUGGAUAUCUAUCUGAGAGAUAGAUAUACCCCUCAAGAUACUACCAACCAGUUGACUAGCACACCAGAGGAAGCGGCUGAUAUCCGCAAGAAAUGCUCCUACGUCCGAAAGAAGUGGUAUUUUCCCGUGCUAGAGAACCUCGGCCCCAUCCCGAAGGGCCUGACAAGUCCUCUUGGGACACCAACUGCAGGUCUCGGGCCAUUCGAGAAACUUCCGGGAGACAUUGUAAGCAACAUCCUCCUUCGCCUUGACGUGAAGUCCUUUCGGAACUUCCGAAACCUCAACGCGAAAGCGCACCGGAUCACAGAGAUUGUAAUCGACUGCAAGGAUGUCAUGGUUCAUGGAAAGGCCGCUUUUAUCAGCAUCUCUCGCACCGGCCUGAGCCGUCACAUUACCAUUGGCGAGAUACACCUGGCGCUUACAUCCCACAAGUGCAAUUUCUGCGAGGAAUAUGGGCCACUCUUGUUCCUACCGACAUGUACUAGAACAUGUCACGAGUGUCUCAGAACCUCACCUAGGAUGGCAAUGAUUGGGACGGAAGAGAUACUUCCAUUCUAUACUCGAUUCGGGAUGUACAAAGGUCACGGCAAUCGUUCUCAUCUCCUCAAGUCUCUCCGCAAGUCAUCCAUGGCGGUUAUGAAAGUUCGCGACCAUCUACGCCCUAGAAGAAUGAUCAAGAAUGCUCGAUGCGUGUCAGUAGAUGACCUCUUCUGGUUUCAAGAAGAGUUGGGCUUCGAGACAUCAGACUCGAUGCGAGCCCUGUUCGACAAGGAAUGGCUCCAUUACCGGACCGCUGCAUGCGUUAACUUUCCCUAUCUCAACACCUCCACAGGUGUACUAGAGAAAGGUCUCAGCUGCAGAGGCUGCCAGGAGGCCUUUAAUGAACGAAGACUGCAGGCAAUUGCCACCGGAACUACCUACGGCGCUGUCGCUAACCGCGACACUUGCUACUCACACGAAGGCUUCCAGGGGCACUUUCAGAAUUGCGAGCAUGCAAAGCUAGUCUGGGAGAACAGCGAGCUUCCUGGUCGGGAGGCCUGGUUUGCCGCGAAUGGCGGUGCUCACUGGGGAAUCACAGAACGAACCGAAUACUGUGGCCGGUUCGUGGCUCAGUUGCCGGAGGUAAAUAACGAAGAGUUCUGGGUUUCGGUCGGCGUUGCUGCACAAGUCGUCUUCUACGCUUGUCUCUUGAUUGGCUAUGCCAAGUGGCAUACCCUAGCGGCUAGUUCUGGGGGAGUCUGA